ACAUCGUACGUGAGUUGAACCGGACCGAUACGGUCAUCAGUUGAGCAUUUGUCCCGUCCUCGUCGCUGUGAAUGAAUGCGUUCUUGAAGCUACUAACCUCACAUUGAAUUUCAUACGUGUCAUUGCCUUCAUUCCAUUAUAAUAAAUCAAUCGACAUGGCUCAGGAAGUAGAAGAGACCAUGAAACGGAUUCAAUCGCAUAAGGGUGUUGUUGGCACGAUCGUCGUCAAUUCCGAAGGUAUUCCAAUCAAAUCAACUCUUGACAACACAACAACUGUUCAAUAUGCAGGUCUGAUAAGCCAAUUAUCAGACAAAGCAAGAUCAGUGGUUCGUGACUUGGAUCCCACGAAUGAUCUGACCUUUCUUCGGAUUCGAAGUAAGAAGCAUGAGGUCAUGGUAGCUCCAGACAAGGAAUUCAUUCUAAUCGUCGUUCAGAAUCCUGUCGACUGAGUCCUGCUGAUUGUCAUUAUCUCCUAAAGAAUGUUCACAAGUACGAUAACAUUUUUUUCCUAUUAUCGCCUAAAUUGCAAUAAUUGUCGCAUUAGUUCAAUCUUCGAUUUUUCUUAGGUUCGAAGAAUAAAUAUUUAAAAUCCAAAGUGUUUAACUCACUGUCAAUAAAUUCAUAAAAUCUUUGGAAAUUCUACUGGUCUUAUAAGUUUUUUUUUAAGUCUAUGCUCUAACGAAUGUGAUGUGAUUUAUUCAAAUGUAAGUAAAGUAUGUAACACAGAAAAUAUUUAUUACUGAAAGAUAAUAAAUUAUCACACUAA